CUUUAAAAAAAAAAUAAUAAUAAUCUUUACCCAGUAAUCAUGAAUUAGGCUACUGGAAUAAUCAUGGAAAUUCAGUGUGGAAAGACAUUGUAUCAGUAUUUUUGAUUUAUGAUUAUAAAAAAAGAUGGAUGGAUAAUGCCAUGAAGGGUGUUGGUCAUGCACUGUACGUCAUGUUUCCUCUGUGCCAGUCACGCGUAAUCUUGCGCUCAUUGUUAGUUGGACACAGACUUGCACACACCGUUGAGGAAUAAAUGUUCAAGCAACCAACGUUUUCUCUUAAAACCACACAAUUUUUCUGUUAAUAACACCUUGCAUGUCAGCAUAAGUUGUCGAUAUCUUGGAUGGACAGUCAGCAUCACUUAUUCCAGCUGUCGGGCGCGCGUUUGAUUUAUUCCAUCAGCUCCUGGGACCUCCGGGUACAGCAUCCGAUCGCGUCGCACAGCUAAAGCCUUUCGCAAAUGGUAUGGUUUUCAGCUUAGUUUUGGGGUUGUCGGAAUCGCAAAUAUCCUGUCCGAUAUGAAAAUGACAUUCGGUUUCGUGGUCGUCAGCGGGGGUUUAACUGGUGUUCUUAGUUUCAGCUGUUUAGCGCUCGCCAUUGGAACCGAAUACUGGUACAUCAUUGAAGACAAGCGCGCGAACCACACUGACCCGGAACGCAGUAACUCUGGACUUUGGGGAGUUACAGAAGAUGUCCAAAGUCAUACAGAAGACAAUGGAUAUUCAGAAUCAGAAAGGCAGAUGGAAAUCAUGCAUAAGGUGAUUGCCAUCUUACUGCCCCUGAGUCUGGUGAUGCUAGUGUUUGGAGGUAUCUGCGGUCUCGUCAGUUCCCUAGCCAGAAGCCGGACACUCCUGAUCGGAUCUGCUUCAUAUUUCCUCCUGUGCAGUCUUCUCACUCUCUCUGGGGUGAGCUUGUACAUCGGGUACUCUCAGAAGGCUCUGGAAGAGACUGAAAGGCGGAUGGGCCGCGAGCAAAUGGCUCAAGUUUACACGUCAUACGGCUGGUCUAUGGGCAUGGCUUGGAUCUCCUUUCUUCUGGAGGUGAUCACUGGCCUUCUUCUACUGCUGGCUGCCAGGCUGGUGCUUUCAACUCAGUAUGAAGAGUCUGUCGCUCCCAUAUAGAGCAGGUUUGUUGAACCAUACAUGUCCAUUUCAGGCAAGGUAGACAGUAUUUGUCUCCUCUCUGUCUUGUUUUGUUAGCAAAAAUACAGAACCUACACAUGUACAUUACCGGUCUAAAUUUUAGACACACCUAUUUAUUUCUAUUAUGACUGUUUUCCACAUUUUAAUAGAUAGUAAAGUCAUUAAAACCAUAAAAUAACACAAAUGGAAGUAAACUCAAAUGUCAAAAGAAAACAAUUGUGGUGAAGAUAUUCAUACAUAAGCAUUUCAAGAAUUUCAUACACUUAAGGUCAUGAGAAACAUUCAGUUGGACAACCAAAUUGCCCUUGCAAAAUGGUGCAAACUGCCUGUAAAUUUUGUUCAGUUAAUAUUUCUGUUAGUGGUCAUUUUAUUGUAUAUAAACUAAUUCAAAGACCAACUGAUUAUGUCUGGCUCAUUUUCAUAUCUUUUGUAGAUAAUUGCUACUGUAAUUGCUAGUAAAUUUCAUGUGUUUGUGUCUCUCUUUUAUGCUGGGCUCCUGUUUUCCAGUAUUCGUGUUUGCUGCUUUUCUCUUCCUGUUAUUGUCCUUGAUUUCACAUUAUGAAUGGAGCAUGUAAAAGAAAGCGUGACAUUGCUGUAUGUAAUUUACAGCACUCCAUUGUUCAUUAAAUAUGUGUAAUGUCUGAAAAGGUCUUUCUGAAAGAAAUUCAUUUGAAUUCUGCAAUUUGAUUUGCUUUAUAUCUUCUUUGAUGUUUUAAAUUCAGGCUUCUGCAUCUGAUCUGUAAUUUAUUUGCAUGGUCCAGACUGUCUCUUUUAGAAACAAUGUGUAUCUAAUCAAAGUUAUUUCUCUCACAUUUCUAGCAAUUAAACCAGAAGAAGCUAAUUUAAUUUGCAAUGCCAAUAUAGAGACAUCCCACAAUCCCUGAGACUUUGAUUGUCUUGUGAAUGGUGGUGUUCUUGUAAAUACUGUUCUCGCAAACAAUGUUUUGCUUUUAAUACAAUUUUCUUAUUUAUAUUUGUUUCUUGAGUGUGUUGAGUGUGUUUCUGCUGUUGUUUGUCAAAUAGUUGUUAUAGUUGUCUUAAAGAGCUAGUGCUUUAUGAAAAUCUCUGUUGACUAUCAUUCUGAUUUUGAACAUUAUGCUUUUAGAUAUUUGUCAAGAUUAAAUCUUAACUGAAUUGUCUGUAGAUAAUGGUUGUUUGCAUGUUGUUAAUUCUGGAAAUGACCUUUCUGACCUUUUUACAAAAAUGUAUAAAGUAUAAAAUAUUUGUCCAUCAGAGGACUGGGAAAACAUUUGACUUUGAGACAAAUAAUAAUAGUAAUAUAUCAGGGACA